UAUAAGUUUUCACAGUUACUAUAAAUUAUUUAGUUUUACAUCUUGUAAUGUCUUACGCUAAUUGCUUGCACUUGUUUAUUUAAAAAAAUUAAUUAAAUAAAAUUUUGCUGAAUCGGAACGUAUUCAGCGAUAGUUUGUAUCUUCUGGCAGCGCUCGACAAACUGGCCAUUGUUGUUCCUGCGGGUCAAGUUGAGAUGAAAAUUUAUUAAGUUUAUUUAAUACUUUUAUUGGAUAAAAACUCGUAUUUAAAUUGUGAUUUUGUUAUUGUAGAAUGUCGGAGGAGUGCUUUGUGCCCCGAUUACCGGUGGAUUGCGAAUCCACAAGGUUUCACGACUGGACGAUUAGCUAUGAGAAAUCGCAUAUUCUCAAGAGCAUAUGUAAACUAGGAAGCACGAAAUGCUGUGAGGAGAACGAUGCCAAUCGAUGUGAUCUCUGUAAUUACCAAUAUUCUUUAGAGCUCCCCCAUUUGCCCGAUAUGGUGUUCCACAAAAAUAAACUUGUGCUCCAGCACAAAGAUGGUGCCCUCAUGGAAUUUAAGCCAAUGGAUGCUUUGGCAAUGGUAUCAAAUGGCAAACAACCAUUGGAAGUAGCCUGCGCCCAAGAGUGGCGAGAAACCAGGCCGGAGCAGACCACAAAGGAGAAAUUCAAACCCUUUGAUUGGACAUUUACAUCCACCUAUCAGGGUACCAUGAAUGAGAAAAUUAGGGCAGAACCAACGGAACAGACAUUGAACAAGUUCAAGCUGAUGCAGCGAGAAAAUAUCAUAUUCUAUCAUGAUCUCACACUCUACGAGGACGAGUUGCACGAUCAUGGCAUCUCUGUUAUGAGUGUGCGCAUUCGUGUAAUGCCAUCUGGUUUCUUUAUCUUAUUGCGUCAAUUUCUACGGGUUGACGAUGUCCUUAUACGAAUGCACGAUACUCGCUUUCAUCAUGAAAUUGAAAAUGAUUACAUACUUAAAGAAUAUAUACAUCGUGAGGCGCCCUGUUCAGAGCUGCAGAAUUCGGUGGCUUUCUGGACGAGUCCCGAUGAGAUGCAAAAUUAUCUGCCAGUGAAAACUAAGGAGCUUCAAAAGCUAUUCUACAAAUGAACAUAAUUUGUCGCACAGAUUUGUCCUUACAACAAUUGCCACCCCAUCCCAAUUUACUUCCCAACGUAAUUUGUACAUUUCCUUUUGUUUUAAGUUUUGCUCUGUACGCAUAUUUAUUACUACAACUGUGCGCAUGCGCAGGUAUUAAAAGCAAAUUCUCUAAAAGGCA